GCUAGUAAAUGACGUCAUGUUUUGAAACGAGCGCCGGAACAGCAGAGGAGUUUUGGAAGUUGUCAGUGUGAAGUGUUUAUAUUAAAACACGGAGUUAUCAUGUAGAAUAGUUUCUGUUGUGUUUAUGAAGGGUUUAAUGCGGCUGGAGGGAGCUGCGGGUUUGUUUUUCGGAGUGUGAGAGAAAGCGGACACGGAAAUGUUCGGCGCGAGCUGCGUGUGGGCUUUUACUGUAGUGCUGUUAAUGAGGGUGUGUUCAGUGUGUGGCGCGGAGGGGGAGGGGCAUGUGGAUGUGGAGGUGCAGGUGAGGGCUGAUAAACCUGUCCGGAACCUCACACACUUCUGGAGGAGUACCGGCUUCUGCCCUCCACAGCCACACACCAGUGCUCACCUGUAUGACCUGAGUAAAGACCAGCAGCUGAACCUGGCUCUUAUGGGUUCUGUGCCACAUGCAGGCCUGCAGCAGGUGAGGAUCCACUGGCUGCUCGAGCUCGUUUCUGCACGGAUUAGAAAUGGUGAAUAUCACUACAACUUCACGUACCUGGAUGAGCUGAUGGAGCUGCUGUUGCAGAACGGCCUGCAGCCCGGCUUUGAGCUGAUGGGUAGCGUCAACAACACCUUCAGCGACUUCGAGGAUAAAACCCAGGUGUCUGAGUGGAAGCGACUGGUUUACCUCAUAGCUCAGAGAUACAUAGAGAAGUACGGCUUGGACAUCGUCUCCCAGUGGAACUUUGAGACGUGGAACGAGCCGAACAAUCACGACUUCGACAACGUCACCAUGACGAUCCAGGGGUUCCUGUACUACUAUGAUGCGUGUUUCGCCGGUCUGCGUAAUGCGAGUGUGUAUCUGAGGCUCGGUGGUCCAGGGGACUCGUGUCACACUCCUCCUCACUCUCCAUACUGCUGGGCCUUACUGCAGCACUGCCACGACACACACACCGAGACACACAUCCUCCACUACAUCGCUCUGCACAAGAAGGGUGGAGGUGGUACGCUCCCGAUCCUGCAGCAGUUGAAGGACACGGUGCAGGAGAUCCAACGGCGCUUCCCUCUGUUCCGUUCACUUCCUGUUUACAAUGACGAGGCCGAUCCACUCGUCGGCUGGAACAAACCACUCGUCUGGCGCGCUGACGUCACCUACGCCGCCAUGGUGAUGAAGGUGAUCUCUCAGCACCAGGACCUGCUCAUAGCUCACCUGAACAACACCAUCAACUUCACACUGCUGAGCAACGACAACGCCUUCCUGAGUUACCAUCCGCACCAGUUCACCCAGCGCACGCUAACAGCCCGUUUCCAGAUCAACAACACACACACACCUCACGUCCAGCUCAUACGCAAACCCGUCCUCACCGCCAUGGGCCUGCUCGCUCUGCUAGGUGAACAGCAGGUGGAGGUUACCAUGGUGACACGAGGGUCUCAGGAAGACAGUUCAGUGGGUGUGCUGGCGAGCGUCCACACACCCCAACACACACACGCUAACACACACUCUGCUGACAGCUGGCAGAGCACCGUGCUCCUGUACAACUGCAGAGACAACGUCACCUCCAACAAUUCAGACACUGUCACACUGAACAUCACUGGAGCACCCUCACACACUGAUGUGAUGUAUGUGAUGCGCUACAUGGAUAACGUUGUCAGUAACCCGUAUGAAGUGUGGAGGCAGAUGAGCAGCCCAGAUUAUCCUACACUACAACAACUCGCACAGCUCAGAGGUCAAGAGGAUGCUCAGACAGACGGCCCCAUCCCUGUUCCUGCCCAGGGAUAUCUGUCUCUGAGAGUGAAGCUUCCUGUUCCCUCCAUACUGCUCAUCCACCUGUGUGCUCGACCCACACACACACCUGGACAGGUGAACGGUUUGCGUUUCGUGUCCAUCACUAAAGGCCAAGUCCUCAUCGUGUGGAAGGACCACGACGUCGGCACAAAGUGUGUGAAGACGUACGAAGUGGAGUUCUCCAAAGACGGAGUUAUAUUUCAGAGGAUCAAUUUCAGAGACACAGUGUUCACCUCAUACACCUUCUCACCAGAGAGCCUGGAUGUGUGUGGAUUGUACAGAGUGAGAGGCGUAGACUUCUGGGGACGAGCCGGACAGUUUUGUCCUACUGAGAGAUACACAGAAUUUUGCUGAUGAGGAAACACACACGUGACUCAAUCUAGAUUUUUGUUCAUGAUGUAAUGAAGGUGUUUAUAUUUAAUUAUAAUUGUAUUAAAUGCUCACUCACUGAAUCUACUUUCCAGAACAUUCCUUCUAUUUCUGUUAGUCACAAGAUGGCUGUCCUGAAGGAUACAUUACAUUUACAUUUAUUCACUUAGCAGAUGCUUUUAUCCAAAGCGACUUACAAAUGAGAAAAAUACAAGCAAAGCGUUAUAUCAAGCAGAGAAGAGUACAAGUAGUGCUACCAUACAAGAUCCAUCGAGUUCCAGAAGAAGCAAAGUGCACAGAGUAGAGGUGUAAGUGCAAUUUUAUUAUUGUAUUUUUUUAAUGAGUUGGUUAAGUGUUGACGGAAGAGGUGGGUCUUUAGCUGUUUUUUGAAGAUGGUGAGAGAUUCUGCAGUCCAGAUUGAGGUUGGAAGUUCAUUCCACCACUGAGGAACAGUUAGCAUGAAGGUUCUGGAAAGGGACCUUGAGCCACGCUGAGUAGGAACUACUAAACAUCAGUCGCUAAUCAAUCGCAGAUUGCGUGAGGGAACGUAAGCCUUCAGGAGAGAGUUGAGGUAGGAGGGUGCUGUUCCUGACAGGGUCUUGUAGGUGAGCAUCAAGGCCUUGAAUUUGAUGCGGGCGGGUACAGGAAGCCAGUGGAGGGAGAUGAAGAGGGGUGUGACAUGGGUUCUCUUGGGCUGGUUGAAGACAAGGCGUGCUGCAGCAUUUUGAGUCAUCUGAAGGGGUUUGAUGGAGCUGCUGGGAGGCCUGAAAGCAGUAAGUUGCAGUAGUCCAUUUUAGAGAUAAGAGCCUGGUCUAGUAUCUGUGCAGCCAGUUUGGUGAGGUAGGGUCAGAUUUUCUUGAUGGGAUACGAAUGGCUUUUUCUGUUACACUGGAACUGAUGCAUUAAGGAACACUUAUGCAAAGCUUUUAUAAACCACACACACACACAACUGAAUUCAUAAUUGGGUUAAAUUAUUUAUUUAUUAAUCUAUAAGUAUUCCUGCUGUAUGUGAUACUGAAUUGAUCUCAGUGCCAGACUCAUUUCACUUUAUUUCUGGGGAAAAUCAUGAUUUAACACAUCUGAAGAUCUCUAGUGUGUCACUGAGGUGGUAAUAAUGAACAUUAGACACUAACUCCACUGCGUUCUGAGACCACUAGUACAGCUCACGUUCAAGCUGCGUGAUGGACGAGGUGAGGAAAAUAAAGACUCGGGUCUACACGUGGUCAUGGAUUGUGACGUGAUUUUACUAAUACACAAAACUUAUUCAUUGUAAAACAGCAGGAAGUGAUGUAGAGGAAGGUGUGUGAUGAAGAGAAGAACGGCGAGACCCCAAGAACGGGUCCAUAAACACAGCACACACUCCAGAGCGCUCACUUCAAGAUCGUGUCUUCGUUUGCUGG